AUGAAGAGCACCCAACACCUAUCGCAGACACAAGAUCUAUAUGACCUUGCAGGAAGGAUGUGGCACAACCCCUCCUUCGCAUGCAGUGUGACAACAACCAGAGGCCCGAGUUACGCAGGGACUUCUAAAGUUAUCCUCAAAUGUCCAGGGAUUCCACGGUUAUUUUCUAUUCUUGCAAUUCUAGCUUAUAGCACAGCUAACAUGUUCACACUGUGGAUAACCAUUCUACUAAGCCUCUGUGGUGCUGUGACCCUUCUCAUUCGUCGGAAACAACACCCGCCUCUCCCUCCUGGCCCUCGACGUAUACCCAUCAUCGGUAAUUUAAGAGACCUCCCAAGUCCAACCCAGAAAGAUUGGCUACAUUGGCUGAAACACAAGGAGCAAUAUGGACCCAUUAGCUCAGUAAGCGUACUGGGAACGCACAUCAUCAUCCUGAACGAUGCACAACUAGCAAUCCAGUUAUUGGAAAAGCGCUCAGCCAUCCACUCUAUGCGUCCGCAGCAGAAUUUCACAGACAUCUUACUUGCCAGGUCCGGAUGGAACAAUGUCCUCGGAGCACGCAGGAACCCAGAACAUGUCCGCAAGACUCGAAAGCAUCUAUACCAAGAAAUCGGGUCCAAGAAAUCUGUUUCUGCUUUCGAUGAAGUCCAGAGAACUGAAGUCAGUCACUUUUUGCUAAGACUUUUAAAUGAACCUGGUAAUCUUCAGCAGCAUAUACGGAAAGAAGCUGGGGGUAUUGUGCUGAAGAUUGGAUACGGGUAUACGAUUGAGCCUCAUGAUCGAGAUCCCCUUGUCGAUCUGGCUGAUAAGGCUAUGGAGGACUUUUCGUCUGCGUUACUUCCGGCGACGUGGGCCGUGGAUUUCAUACCUUUGUUGGAAUAUUUGCCGACCUGGUUUCCAGGCGCUGGCUUCAUAACCAUCGCAAGAACUUAUAACAAACGACAGCAGGCUUUCAGUGAUAUACCCUACGAGUUUGUUAAGCAACAGAUGAAGAAGAAGGGGGCAUUCCCAUCUUUCCUAUCUAACCUGCUUCAAGAUAAUCCCCUUGAGCAUGGGAGUGAGGAAGAAAAUAUUGUGAAAUGGUCAGCUGGCUCCUUAUAUGCCGGGGGAGCAGAUACGACUGUUUCAUCAAUCGCAAGCUUCUUCCUUGCCAUGGCUCUGUUUCCUGAGGUACAACGCAAAGCCCAGCACGAACUCGAUGCGGUGCUUGGGGAGAAACAACUUCCGCAAUUUCAUGACAGGGAUAACCUCCCUUACAUCAAUGCAUUGGUGAAAGAAGUGCUUCGGUGGCAUCCAGUCGUGCCCAUGAGUUUAGCGCAUACCUCAAUCGAAGACGAUAUGUGUGAAGGAUAUUUCAUUCCAAAGGGAUCAUCAAUUCUGGCUAACAUCUGGGCAUUCACGCAUGAUCCAGCUGUCUACCAUGACCCCAUGAUCUUCAAACCUGAACGAUUCAUGACUUCUUCUGAUGGUCGUUUCCCAGAGCGAGAUCCUCAUCUUCUUGUGUUUGGAUUUGGGCGCCGAGCAUGUCCUGGGCGUACUUUGGCGGAUGCAAAUGUUUUCCUGACUGUUGCACAGGCGCUUGCCACCUUCGAUGUAACAAAGCCACUUUCGAAAGGAGAGGCACAAGAUAUGGACUUUGAUUUCCUUCCCGGUGUUAUCAGUCAUCCUGCACCGUUCGAUGUGUCUAUCCAGCCACGGAGUGAUGGGCACAGAGAAUUGAUUAUGUCGCUUGAAGAGAUAUAUCCAUGGGAGAAGAGUGAUGCGGAGCUUCUCCCGUCUGCGCAGAUGGUGUGA